UUUACCUUUGAGCUUCCUUCGCCAUGAGCAUCAAGUCACUUCUCGCGUCCCUCCUCCUCAUCUCUGCGGCAUCUGCGCAGCUCUCGGGGUCUGUCGGCCCGACGACCCCGCUGUCCUCGAAGCAGUCGUUGAUCUGCAAUGUGCUCAACUACGGUGGCCAGGUCGGCUCGAGCGACAUCGGGCCCGCGAUCCAGAAGGCUUUCGACCAAUGUGUGACGACAAAGGCCGGGGCAACGUUGUAUGUUCCUGCUGGAAACUACAACAUGCAAACCUGGGUCACGCUCAAGGACGGCCGCGGAUGGGCCUUCCGCCUUGACGGCUUGAUCACCCGUACAUCGACCUCUGGCGGUAACAUGAUCGCUAUCCAGAACGCGAACGAUUUUGAGUUCUACUCCGCAAACAGCGCGGGUGGCAUCCAGGGUGCUGGAUACCAGUGCCGCAACGCCGGCCCGCGUCUCAUCCGCAUUAUCAAGUCCACGAACUUCUCCGUGCACGACCUUAUCCUCGUCGACUCUCCGGAGUUCCACUUGGUCCUCGAGGCGGGCUCCGGCGGAGAGGUCUACAACAUGGCCAUUCGCGGCGCUAACAUCGGCGGUUCCGAUGGUGUUGAUGUAUGGGGCACCAAUCACUGGGUCCAUGACGUCGAGGUUACCAACCGGGAUGAGUGCGUGACUGUCAAGUCGCCUGCUUCAAACAUUCUCGUCGAGCGCAUUUGGUGCAACCAGUCAGGCGGCAGCGCCAUUGGCAGCUUGUCCGACGGCACUGCGAUUCAGAACGUCGAGUAUAGGAACGUGUACACGAACGGCGGCAACCAGGCGUUCAUGAUCAAGAGCAACAAGGGCUCCGGAUACGUGCGCCAGGUGACAUUCGAUAGCUUCAUCUCCCACGACACCGCGUACGGCCUCAACAUCGACCAGUACUGGUCCUCGCAAUCGCCAGGCUCAGGUGCUGGCGUGGCCCUGUCGGACAUCACCUUCUCGAACUGGGACGGAAACGUCAGCGACGGCGUCGCACGCCCCCCUAUCCAGCUCAUCUGCGCGGACGGCGCGCCCUGCACGGGCAUCACGCUGAACAACGUGAACAUGUGGUCGAAGACGGACAAGGCGGUCGUGAAGUGCGAGAGCGCGUACGGCUCUGGGGUGUCGUGCAUCAAGAGCGGGAGCGGCGCCGCGUACGCGAAGGUGACGCAGUCGAUCUCGAAGCCGGGCGGAUACUCCACGCCGACGACGAUGGCCGGCGACCUCGCGCAGGGCUUUGCGACGAACGCACCCAUCCCCACCCCGACCAUCCCGACUUCGUUCUUCCCUGGGAUGCCGCAGAUCAGCCCGCUCGCCAAGAACAAGUAAAGACUCGUAACACGACUUUUGGGAGGAUGGUGUCAUGGUGUAUGUUGAGGACCACGGUCAACAUCCACGGAUUCCAGGGCUCCAGACAGAUCGUAGGAAUGCGACUCACAGCGUCUGUCAUCAUGAUGCAAGGCCACCAAUGC